AUGGAACAGGAAUCGUAUGAUUUCUCUGACUAUCAGCCUGAAGCAGCGCAAGGGGAUUUUGUAGCCAAUCCUUCUCCAUACGUCCAGAGUAUAUCGCAACCUGUUUACACUCAGGACUUGGUUCAGAAACAAUACAGUUACAAUCAGAAUGGCGCAUUUCAGGGUCCCGUUGACGAUGAUGCGACGAUACCCGCCCUUGACUGGACGGCUAACGUGAUGUCGACCAUCAAUUGGCUUCAAUCGGAUACCAUAAGCUUCAACGACGAUGACCUCAACAACUUGUUCCCCCUCUUCCCAGGAGAUUUCUCAUUUUCACCGAGCAUCGGCUUGCUGAGCCCAACGAAUCAUGGGGACCAAGAAACUCCAGCUAACAACGCGAUCGUAAAUAUGCUUGGCCAACAGCCCCAGACGAGUGAAGUGCGCGAAUACUUGGGCGAUCACCAUUCCGCAAAUAUCCCCGACUCCUCAACCUCUGCGGGAAAGUCUACUUUGGACAGCGGCGAAUACUAUAUCGACGGAAAUGCCGGCAGGCUCCCCAGAUCUAAGCGUCGAAAACUUGUCUCGAGGCCUAGGCGACACGACUAUGUCGAAGAACCUGACUUCUCUCUCGAAUAUCGUCUCCCAAUCAUAUCAUGCACAGAAUCUAGAUUGAUGAUUUCCAAUGACACUUAUGGGAAACUUUGUACUCUACACCUCCAAUUGUGCCUGCAAUCGCUGUCAUUCAAAGCAUUCUUGUCUCCUGGAUUCCCUCCGAAACCCGUCUUGGAGGGUUUGCUUUCGAAUUAUUUCAUGAACCUUGACCAAACGAUGCCAUUUCUCCACACUCAAACAUUUCAAGCCGAGUCGGCACAUAGCGCUCUGCUCUUAGCCAUGAUGUCCGCAGGCAGCUGCUUUGUUGAUGAGGAUGAGGCAGAGAUUUUCACGCUGUCAAUGCACGAAUUCGUGCGAAGAUACCUUCUUCUCAGGACGGAACAGAAGUUUUGGCCUCCAGAAGCUCCACAAACCCUCGCACAGAUCCAUCUGUUACAUGCAAUCGGCGCUGGAUAUACUUUGUGGGGGCCCUUACGUGCUUCUGCAUCAAGAUCGCUGUUUGAGGCAACCAACUUUUGUCGCGACAGGUGGUCUCGCCAAAGGUUUGUCGACGGUUCCGGUGCACGUAGUGACUCCGUCUCGUCGAAAUGGGUGGCAUGGAUCAGGAAGGAAGAAUCGACCCGGCUCGGGUUCUGUAUUUGGUUGCUGGACUGUAUGUGGGCGUUUCAGUUCCACCGACAUCCGCACUUGACCCUUGACGAUGCCACGGCUUUGUGUCUGCCUUGCCCUGAGCGUAUAUGGUCCGCCAAAGAUGCGUCUGAAUGGACUCGCCUUGCGACUAAUGGAUGUACGGAGACAGCGACUUUUCUCGAAGCCCUGCGGAACCUUUAUAUUGACAAGCGACUCCUCCCAAACCUAGGGGAAUUUAGUCGAAUACUCUUGAUUCAUGGCCUGUUUCACCGAACGUGGGAGGUGAGGAAGACAAUCACUCAAAGUUUGUCGAGUCUUGAACCGUCUACACAAAAGCAAGCCAGCAGUGAGAUACAAUCCAAGUUCCCCGUCUGGCCGCCUUCGGCGCCCUUAUACAACAGAUGGAGAAACUCUGCUUGUGAUUGCCUGGAUAUUUUACACUGGAGUGCUAAUGCAACGAUCGGCUCAGCGAGUGGAAUGGAACAUCCUACUGUUCUCCAUCUGCAUUUUGCACGCGUCAUACUUCUUGCUCCCAUGGACGACAUCGUACUAUUCGCUCAUUAUCUCAUCCGCUCAAGUAAAGACUCAGUACGCCUUUUACAACCCGUAUCAUCCGCGGAAGCCGAAGAGCAUCGCCGACUAAUACACCGAUGGGCACUACAAGACCAGUACAAGGCCAGAUUGGCGGCAAUCCACGCGGGCACCGUGUUCUGGCAUGUCAGAUUAUACGCGAUCAACGGAUUCUACGAACCCACAGCCGUCGCAUUCGCUGCUCUAUUGCUGUGGGCUCUGAGCGCAUUCUCCGCCAAGAAUUUCCAAUCAAGAAAACACGGUGGCCAUGGCCAGGCGUUGCGGCGGGAGGGCGCGUCUUCACCUGAGGGUUCUCCCCCACCCGAUGUCUGCGACAUCAUCCUAAUAGACCGUCCAACGGAUGACGAGCUGGUUCAGCAAUUCGUACGGCAGGGCGACAACAUGCACGCAAAUAUCACUGGUGUCGGCGAUUUAUUCGGCCCAAAGGGCCCGAGGAAAGUGCUCGCAGAGGGCCAGAAGCUGUUAACCACAUUGAGGAGCUGGCGUGGCAUCACUGAACAUUGGCUCGGUGUUCUUAAUAGGCUAGAAAAGGUGACUGCCAUGUUAGGUGUCGAUACAGAUACUGCAGAGGUGAACCCUGGGCCGGCUGGAUGA